AUGAUGAAGGUGCUGCCGACAUGGGCGGCGUCGGCGUGGAACCCGUGGGCAACCGCUCUUUCGCAGACGCUGUGGCGAUUUCUGCUCACCAUGGCGCUCACGCUACUCUCCCACCACACUCUCCUGCGAGGCGCCAGCAUCCGCGAGUUCACGCUCCCCAACAUCUUCUUGUACCGACUGGCUAGCACCUCGUCAGUGAACCCGGAGAACCAGCCGGUCGUCAUGGUGAUCGCCGCGCGGAACUCGAAGACUUCCAAGGAUGCCCGUCUUCAGCAGAGCUACACGGCGCGACACAUGGAAGCGGAGUUGUGCGCCGUCGGCGAGACCGGCCUGUGGUUGCACUUCAUCCUCGACCAGAUCGGUCAGUUCAACAGCGUCGACUUCCUUCUGCCGCUUGACACCACCGAACGUGAGCGCUGGUACAAGAAGCAUCUCUUCUUCGCCCACAACAAGGAGCAAAAAGAGCUCUCCGCCGCCUGCCACCAACGUUGGACGCAGCAAAUGUGGACGACCAACAAGGUGUUCUACAAGCGGAACGUGCAUGCCGCUCGCGCCAGAGGUGCGCAUGAGCUAGCCAUCGAAGGGACGCCUCGCGCUGAGAUCGCCGAGCUGGGUCACUGGGCACUUGACAAGAUGACGCGUGCUUAUAUCACAGCCAUUCCCGUUGGGGUGGUGAUGAGGAAGGCCGGCUACUCGGGUUGCAAGCAAGACUACUUCUUGGGUCGCAGCAGGGUCGAGCCCUCCGACAAACUCUUGGACAUCAUCGCCGAGCACAUCUUCCCUGGCGUGGAUGGUUUGCUGCGCGAUGCGGAAACGCGUGCUGCCAAAGGGAGCGACACCGACAAAGCCGCCAUGCACUUCUGGUGUACCCUCCAGAUGAUGCGCCGCAUCGUCGCCGAGGACCUCGUGGUGAAGCUCAUCCGCACCCCUUGGCACUCGAAAUCUCCAUCCGCUUGGACACCGAAUACCAUAUACAUGUCCCUCAAGGAGACGCUGAAGUACGAGAGGGAGCGCUCCGCAGUCGAGAAGAUUGACCUUCAGGAGGAGAUCAAGAAGCGCGACGAUACCAUCGCGAUGCUGACCGCCGAGAUAACCCGUCUCACCGAGGCACUCCGUGUGUCAGACGCACGGAGGAUGCCGGCGGCGCCGCCGUCGGGGAACAAGCAAGCGCCGAGCGAGAGUGGCUCCGCGGAUUCGGCCAGUACGGGGGCCGGAGCCAAGAAACGGGAUGAGAAACCCCCGAAACCCCCACAGACGGUCAACGAGGCUCGUUACAAGCUCAACGUGGUGCAACCUUGGCGGGAGGCAAAGACCGUGAGGAACGCUUGGCGCCUCUGGAACUUUGCCACCGCCGAUGACACCCGUUGUCUUUGCGACAGGGUCGCCGAGCCGGGAUUCGUCGACCGCCACACCCUCCUCAAAAGCGCGAUGCAGGGUGCACACGACAUGAAGGUGCGCCACAUGCUGAAGGCCAUGGAUGCAGUGCGCCUUCUUCGCUCGAGCGACGGCGAUGCCGACACCGAAGCCGUCGUCGCUGCCCUGAACAAGAUCGUGGCGCCGUGCAUCGGGACCUUCUGCGAUGCCCUCACGGUGCUCGAACCGGGAACCGCACCGACGAAGUCCAAGGAGCCUAGCAUGGGCGUGAAGGGGCUGGGCCCCAAGUCGGUCUCGAAGCUUUGUCUCGCCUGUGCGCUGGUGGCGGUCAACUUGAAGCCGAGCGCUUGGGUUGCCAUCCUGUUUCCAGACACCUGGGAGGAUCAGAUGCCAAAGACCAUGGCCAACAUGGCCAAGCAGACCGCACCUGUGCUGCGUCCUCCGACGAAGUGCAAGAAGGCGGCAUGA